AUGCCUUACUCAUUGAAAGCUCGGAACGUUCUUGUCAUUGGCGGCUCUCGUGGCCUGGGCGCUGUCAUCUCCGAGAAGUUUGCCGCCGAAGGAAGCAAUGUCGCCAUUAAUUAUAUGUCUAACAAGAAAACUGCCGAUGAGGUCGCCAAAGAUCUGGCGAACAAGUAUAAUGUCAAGACUGUUGUGAUUCAGGGUGAUGCUGGAAAGCAAGAAUCAGCGACUAGUACUGUCAAAUCUUCCAUUGAACAAUUGGGAGGCUUGGAUGUCGUCAUUUCCAAUGCGGGUUGGACAAAGAUAACCGAAUUCUCGGAUCUGGAUGCCAUGGAUGAUGAGGACUGGGACAAGUGCUGGAAUAUCAACGUUAAGAGCAGCUUGUACUUGUUCAAAGCUGCCAAGUCAACAUUCGAUGCCAACCCCGAGGGCGGUGCAUUCCUCAUCACAGCCUCAACCGCCGGUGUCACUCCUAGUGGUAGUGCUGUGCCUUAUUCCGUCGCAAAGGCCGCUGCUAUCCAUCUCAUGAAGUGUCUCGCGCAGUCUCAGGGUGCCAAAGUCCGCGUUAAUUCCGUUCUACCCAGCCUUAUGCUCACGGAAUGGGGUCAGAAGUUUCCCCAGGAGAAGAUCGAUGCUAUGCGAGAGAAGAUGGUCUUGAAGAAGUUGCCUGAGGUCGAGGAUGUCGCGGAUAUGUUCAUUGCUAUUGCAAAGAAUUCCUCCAUGACUGGUCAAGCGGUCCAAAUUGACUGCGGAUUUGCCAUC